CCCAUUGAUUUAUUCCCAUUGGUGUUGUGUAUUGGAUUGACUUCCAUUCAAUAUCAGCUUAAUACCCACAUCUUUUUCCUACUUCACUCCCCUCAAUUUCACACUUUUUAGUGGUUUUCUUCACACUAGGAAGAAAAAAGGAAAUUUCAUUGUGUUGCAAAGAAUUUGAUUUUUCAGAAAGCUUUAGUUUUUAUUUUUCGCCGGUUUCUGUAUAGACUGAUUUUACAUUUAAUUCCCGUGCUUCUUUUUAACUGUGGGAGAUUCAAGAAAUCCCACAGACAUGGGAAAGCAUGGACCUUGCUAUCACUGUGGUGUUACAAGCACCCCUCUUUGGCGUAAUGGGCCUCCUGAGAAGCCAGUACUCUGCAAUGCAUGUGGUUCACGGUGGAGGACAAAGGGAACUUUGGCAAACUAUACUCCUCUACAUGCUAGGGCAGAACCUGAUGAAUUAGAAGAUUUGAGGUUUACUAAGGUGAAAACUAUAUCUGUAAUUAGCAAAGAGCAGAAGGUUCUGAAGCGGAAGCUCAAUAGUGAUGUAGCUGAAUUUGGAGACGUUCCCCCUGACCGUUACCAGGGUUUGCACAAAGUCUAUGAUGAAGAUACAUGCAAUAGAUCAAGCUCCGGUUCUGCCAUAUCCAACUCUGAAAAAUUCGCUCAAUAUGGCAACGCCGAUACAAGUGAUUUGACAAGUCCUCCCCAACCCAGUGCGUGGGAUUCGAUUGUUCCUUCUAGGAAGAGAACCUGUGUCUCAAGGCAAAAACCUUCUCCAUUUGAGGUUCUUACGAAAGACCUGUAUACAUUAUGGUAUGAACAACAGUCAUCAUGCUUGUCUCAAUCUUCCGAAGAAGACUUGUUUCUCGAGAGCGACAAACCAAUGGUAUCUGUUGAGAUUGGACAUGGAAGUGUACUUAUUUGGCACCCAAGUUCAUUUGUUAGAGAAGAAGAGUCGGAAGCGAGCUCCCAUUCCGUGGAUAACAAGCAGUAUACCUUAACAUCACGGGAUAUAAGAUUUCAUGGUCCCAUUGAAGACACAAGUGCCUACUCAUCGAGUAAAGUUAAUGAGAAACUUAAGAAUAAGGCUUAUCCUGGCAUUGGACAGGAACAAACGAGAAGAGACAAGGAUCAAGUUGUAAAAUUACCGAUUCUUGCACAUCAUAAUUCUCCACUAUGUUACAUAGAUCUACAAGACAUCAUUAAUUUCGAAUUGUUUUCAAGUCAUUUGACAAAUGGUGAACAACAACACUUGAUGAACCUUUUACCUUCUGUUGACACUUCAGAUGCUCCAUACAGCCUUAAAAGCAUGUUCGAUAGCACCGAGUUCAACAUGAAUCUGUCAUCCUUCCAAACACUUAUCGUUGAGGGAGUUUUUGACAACUCAUUUGGUGGGGUCAAUAGGGAGGAUUGCAGAAUUUUGAAGAAGCUUGUCUUAGGCGAUUUAGCUAAAUCAAAGUGGGUUGAACAACACACAGCUUUUAAGGAUCUGAAGUGCAAAAACUCCAUCAAGUCAGUAGUGACAGGAGGAUACAAUGGCUUUGAAAUCGUCAACGCAGCACCCUUAAAAAGAUCACGAGAGGGACAACACCAAGAAACUACAGGAUCGAAAAUUAUGAUGAAGAGUCCCAGAAAAGUUGUUAUGAAGUCGAGCUAUGGUAAAAAAGAAGUCCUAGUCGUAGAUAGAGAUGAAUCCUUCGUGGGUGCUCAGAGUCUAUUUUCAAUCCAAAAUGAAAAUGGUUCCUCGGUGCUGGACAUGUCCUAUCUCGAAUGUGAGAAUUCGGACCAGGACUUGCUGCUAGAUAUCCCAUCCAAUGGCUCCUUUCCACAGGCAGAGCUCCUCACUAGUUCGAGUUGUGGCUAGCGCUAGUAGCAGCUCAGUGUACCCUUAUCUUGUCCAUCCUUGAUGGUAUAAUCUCAGCAACAUAACAUUCUACUUAUUUCGUAUACAAGGGGAGCGUUUCUCGUGACCUUCGCUUCGACCGCUUUGUUUGUCUACAUUUUUGUUCAAUUUGAGGUUGGAUGGAUACCUUGUUGGAAUGUAAAGGGGACCUUUGGAUUUUGUACCUACUAACAAAAGAUUGCGUUAAAAAAAGGAAAAGAAGAAUGGAUAGUGUAUUA